AUGGCCGAAGAAGCCCUACGAUCAACAAGUCCUAAAGCAAAUUUUCAUCGCCUGUCACGAUUGCUGAUGCGUGGAGGUGUGCAGCUUUUGCGGGAGACAUUAGACUCCAUUCACUCACCAGCUAAUCUCCCUUUGAGACUCGCUGAUCCUGUCACACAGGCACAGCUGAGAGGAGCACGACUUACCCAGCCAGAGAUGGUUUGUCUGUACCCAUCCCCAGGGGUGUAUGGCGAGUCCAACGAUUUUGACAUCACAUUAAUCUUCAAGUUACUCAGGACAAUUUGUAGUCUGACCCCUCCCCCUGGACCGAGAGGAUGGGAUGAUUUACCAAACAGCUCAGACUACACUCUGGUGGCAGAUUUAGUACGAAUAAAAUAUUAUCGAAAUGAGAUUUAUGGUCACCGUCCCACUAUGGAAAUAUCUGACAGCGAUUUUAUUCGUUUCUGGAAGGAAAUUAGUGAGGCUCUAUUAAGAAUUGCGACAAAUAUUAGUCCUUCAAAGAGAAAUGAGUGGGAGAAGUCCAUUGCUGAUCUUUUUCUUGAUCCUUUGACGCCAAAUGAGUUAAGAUGCAUUGAAGAGCUAGAGACCUGGUAUAAGCAAGAUAUGGAUGUUAAAGAUGAAUUGGUAAAGCUGAGAGAGGAACUGGGAGAGGAAUUGAGGUCUUUAAAAGCCGCGUUCGUAGGUUAGUAAAAGAGUAAAUUUAAGUCCCAAUCAGACCAAAAUAAGGAAACCUUAUCUUUAGUUCCCUUUAAUGUUGAUGCAAUGUUGCCAUUUUUCCCGAAGAUCCUCAUUUAAUUACUUUGACCUUGCAUAUUUUCUUUUAACAUAAAUUUACAAAAAACCCAUGGGGCUCUUUUUUGAGUUCAAAUGCAGGUUAAUAUUUUGUUGUUUUUCUAUCAGCCAUACAGAUGGACGUAGAAAGAUAUCAUCGAGCCGCUGGAUCCGAACCGACGGUCCGCCUAUCAUUACCUGAGCCGGAAGAAGCAGCGGAAGCUGAUGACCCUGGACCAAAUAAUCCACCAGAAAUAAAUAUUUGGAACGUAAUUUUAUCAUUUAAAAAACCAGUUGAUUUAUUUCUACGGUACUUAAGGUAUAAACUUAAUCUUCCAGUGCAUAACAGUGAGGUAGGGAGCUGGCAUAUAACAGUUGAAUGCAGUUCACUGCAAGUCCUUGAGGGAUUGUGGGAAGAUUAUUGCAGUGGUCAUCUUAAUUCCGUUGCCCAGGAAAUGCUGAUAACGCCACAGGUUUUGGAGAAACUUGGUCUUACUGAGCUGAAGUUGAAGACCUUUAUUUCCGAAGAUCAGUAUGAUAAAGGGAAAAAGCUGUUAGAGGCGAGCUCAGGU